AUGGGCUGUGUUCUUCCCUCCACUUCACUGUUCCUGCUCCUUCUCCUCCUUCCGCUGCUCGCCACGUAUGCCGACCAGGGGGCGGACGUCAGGAGGAGCCUCCUGCAGAAGUCCUGCCUUGACUGGUCGGACACCGCGGCUUCAGCCAUUGCGGAGGCCGCCUGUCUCCGUGCCAGCGGCGACUGUCCGCGACCGACCCUGGGGUCGCAGUCGGGCGACAACCCCGCCAACCCGCUGGACCGGCUAGGCGGCAACUGCUACACAACCAACAAGGACCAGUGCCUCACACAAGCCCGGGGCUACAUUUCGGGUGGCUACGGAAUGUGCGAGCCUGCGCUCACCGGUAUUGGCCCGUGCAGUGACGAUGAAUUCAACGUCCUCGCUGAGAAGUACCUCAGGAAGCUUUGCGCACAGGCAGGGAAUGCGGACCCGCUGACGCUGCCCUGA